AUGGCAGAUCAAGAUCCACCUUUUUACGAAGUCGACUCCGAUGGCACUGUUUCUACCAUGUCAUACGAAUCAUUCGAUAGGGACGAACCCAAUGCUUUUCAGAUUUCCAUUAAGCUGCCAACUUACGAGGUUCGCGACCCUACCGUCUGGUUUAAGCAGAUCGAAGCCGUUUUUGAAACGCACCGUAUUACCAGCGAGCGUACGCGUUACUCGUACGUAGUACAGUCUCCACAAUUUGACGUUGCAUACACAGUCCAGGAUCUUCUCGAUCCUAAUCCUAGGGAUCAGGCUUAUACCCAAUUGAAACAGGCUUUCCUCAGGCGCACGGCACAAUCUGCCGAUAGAAAGCUCAACCAGCUCCUCAACAAUGUGAAGCUUGGUGAUCAGACACCCUCCGCACUCAUGCGACACAUGCGCCACUUGCUAGCAGGUCGCACACAAACUCGCUGA